UGGCACAGCAUCGUGGAAGCAUGAGAGGCCUCCAUCUGGUCCUGCUCGCGGUCCUGCUGUGCUCGGACCAUGCCCUGAGCCUACAGUGCUACCUCUGUGCUGCGGCCCAGACCAUCACGCAGUGCUGGGUCAUGACCUGUGGACAGAGACAGAACUUCUGCUUCAAGAGUGACCUGAUACUCUACUCAACAGAUGGACAAAAGAUCUGCAUGCAGCAAGCAGGUUGUGCCACUUCCUGUAAGGAGGUUUCCAAACAGAUGGAGACAAUACUUGGCUCAGGCCCAGAGCCGGGUCUACUGCACAAGAUAUUCCAGAACCUGGGUGAACUGGCCCCCACAUUUGAAUUGCAGAGUCUGUCUUGCUGUGAGAAGAACCUCUGUAAUGGGGUGUCCCGGGCAGGGCACAGCCUCUGGGCCCUCGCUGGGGGGCUCCUGCUCAGCCUGGGGCCAGCCUUGCUCUGGGCCCUGCUGUGAGGACCCG